CUGUCGCCAGGAUCCCUCCGCAGGGCUCAGCCGUUUCCGGAGUCUGCGCUGCGCCCGGUUCCGCCAUUGCGGCUCUCCCGGACCCUGGAGCCUCCGCCCCCGACCUGAGCUCUUUCGUCUGCCUGCCAGUUUCCUGCGUCCCCGGAGACUAUCCUGCCGAGCCCAGCCUUCCCCCUCCCCCUUCUCCUCCUCUCCCUUGGAGAGCCUGGGCAGCCACUGCCCCGCAGCCCCAGUGACAGGAGGAGACCAUACCCCCCGACAGCGCCAUGGCCCAGAUUCUGCCAAUUCGUUUUCAGGAGCAUCUUCAGCUCCAGAACCUGGGUAUAAACCCAGCAAACAUUGGCUUCAGUACCCUAACUAUGGAGUCAGACAAGUUCAUCUGCAUUAGAGAGAAAGUAGGAGAGCAGGCCCAGGUGGUAAUUAUUGAUAUGAAUGACCCAAGUAAUCCAAUUCGAAGACCAAUUUCAGCAGACAGCGCCAUCAUGAAUCCAGCUAGCAAAGUAAUUGCACUAAAAGCUGGGAAAACUCUUCAGAUAUUUAACAUUGAAAUGAAAAGUAAAAUGAAAGCCCAUACCAUGACUGAUGAUGUCACCUUCUGGAAAUGGAUCUCUUUGAAUACCGUUGCUCUUGUUACGGAUAAUGCAGUUUAUCAUUGGAGUAUGGAAGGAGAGUCUCAGCCAGUGAAAAUGUUUGAUCGUCAUUCUAGCCUUGCAGGGUGCCAGAUUAUCAAUUAUCGUACUGAUGCAAAGCAAAAGUGGUUACUUCUGACUGGCAUAUCUGCACAGCAAAAUCGUGUGGUGGGAGCUAUGCAGCUAUAUUCUGUAGAUAGGAAAGUGUCUCAGCCCAUUGAAGGACAUGCAGCUAGCUUUGCACAGUUUAAGAUGGAAGGAAAUGCAGAAGAAUCAACUUUAUUUUGCUUUGCAGUACGGGGUCAGGCUGGAGGGAAGUUACAUAUUAUUGAAGUUGGCACACCACCAACAGGGAACCAGCCCUUCCCAAAGAAGGCAGUGGAUGUUUUCUUUCCUCCAGAAGCACAAAAUGACUUUCCUGUUGCAAUGCAGAUAAGUGAGAAACAUGAUGUAGUAUUCUUGAUUACGAAGUAUGGCUAUAUCCACCUCUAUGAUCUUGAGACUGGUACCUGCAUCUACAUGAAUAGAAUCAGUGGGGAAACAAUCUUUGUUACUGCACCUCAUGAAGCCACAGCUGGAAUAAUUGGAGUAAACAGAAAGGGACAAGUUCUCUCGGUAUGUGUGGAAGAAGAAAACAUAAUUCCUUAUAUCACCAAUGUCCUACAAAAUCCCGAUUUGGCUCUGAGAAUGGCUGUACGUAACAACUUAGCUGGUGCUGAAGAACUCUUUGCCCGGAAAUUUAAUGCUCUUUUUGCCCAGGGAAAUUACUCAGAGGCAGCAAAGGUGGCUGCUAAUGCACCAAAGGGAAUCCUUCGUACCCCAGAUACCAUCCGUCGGUUCCAGAGUGUUCCAGCCCAGCCAGGUCAAACUUCUCCUCUACUUCAGUACUUUGGAAUCCUUUUGGAUCAGGGCCAGCUAAACAAAUAUGAAUCCUUAGAACUGUGUAGGCCGGUACUUCAGCAAGGGCGGAAACAGCUUUUGGAGAAAUGGUUAAAAGAAGAUAAGCUGGAAUGCUCUGAAGAACUGGGUGACCUUGUGAAAUCUGUGGACCCGACAUUGGCACUUAGUGUAUACCUAAGGGCUAAUGUUCCAAAUAAAGUCAUUCAGUGCUUUGCAGAAACAGGUCAAGUCCAGAAGAUUGUUUUAUAUGCUAAAAAAGUUGGAUAUACUCCAGACUGGAUCUUCCUGCUGAGAAAUGUUAUGCGUAUCAGUCCAGAUCAGGGACAGCAGUUUGCUCAAAUGUUAGUUCAGGAUGAAGAACCUCUUGCUGAUAUCACACAGAUUGUCGAUGUGUUUAUGGAAUACAAUCUAAUUCAGCAGUGCACUGCAUUCUUGCUUGAUGCCCUGAAGAAUAAUCGCCCGUCUGAAGGUCCUUUACAGACAAGGCUGCUUGAGAUGAACCUUAUGCAUGCACCUCAGGUCGCAGACGCUAUUCUAGGGAAUCAGAUGUUCACGCAUUAUGACCGGGCUCACAUCGCUCAGCUGUGUGAAAAGGCUGGCCUCUUGCAGCGUGCAUUAGAACACUUCACUGACUUAUAUGAUAUAAAGCGUGCUGUUGUUCACACCCAUCUUCUUAACCCCGAGUGGUUAGUGAAUUACUUUGGGUCCUUAUCAGUAGAAGACUCUCUGGAAUGCCUCAGGGCCAUGCUAUCUGCCAAUAUUCGACAGAAUCUACAGAUCUGUGUGCAAGUGGCUUCUAAGUAUCACGAACAACUGUCAACUCAGUCUCUGAUUGAACUAUUCGAAUCUUUCAAGAGUUUUGAAGGUCUUUUUUAUUUCCUGGGGUCCAUUGUUAACUUUAGUCAAGACCCAGAUGUGCACUUUAAAUACAUUCAGGCAGCUUGUAAGACUGGCCAGAUCAAAGAAGUAGAAAGAAUCUGCAGAGAAAGCAACUGUUAUGAUCCUGAGCGAGUCAAGAAUUUUCUCAAGGAAGCGAAGCUAACAGAUCAGUUACCACUUAUCAUUGUGUGUGAUCGAUUUGACUUUGUCCAUGAUUUGGUGCUCUAUUUAUAUAGAAAUAAUCUUCAAAAGUAUAUAGAGAUAUAUGUACAGAAGGUGAAUCCAAGUCGACUUCCUGUGGUAAUUGGAGGAUUACUUGAUGUUGAUUGCUCUGAAGAUGUCAUUAAAAACUUGAUUCUUGUUGUAAGAGGUCAAUUCUCUACUGAUGAGCUUGUUGCUGAAGUUGAAAAAAGAAACAGAUUGAAACUGCUUCUGCCUUGGCUGGAGGCCAGAAUUCAUGAGGGCUGUGAAGAGCCUGCUACUCACAAUGCAUUAGCCAAAAUCUACAUAGACAGUAAUAACAACCCAGAGAGAUUUCUUCGAGAAAAUCCUUAUUAUGACAGUCGUGUUGUUGGAAAGUACUGUGAGAAGAGAGAUCCACAUCUGGCCUGUGUUGCUUAUGAGCGUGGCCAGUGUGAUCUGGAACUUAUUAAUGUUUGCAAUGAGAAUUCUCUCUUCAAAAGUCUUUCCCGCUAUCUGGUACGCAGAAAGGAUCCAGAAUUGUGGGGUAGUGUGCUGUUGGAAAGCAAUCCUUACAGAAGACCCCUGAUCGAUCAGGUUGUACAGACAGCCUUGUCUGAGACUCAGGACCCUGAAGAAGUGUCAGUAACUGUCAAGGCUUUUAUGACUGCAGACCUUCCUAAUGAACUCAUUGAACUGCUGGAGAAAAUUGUCCUUGAUAACUCUGUCUUCAGUGAACACAGGAAUCUGCAAAAUCUUCUGAUCCUCACUGCAAUCAAAGCUGACCGUACCCGUGUUAUGGAAUAUAUUAACCGCCUGGAUAAUUACGAUGCCCCAGAUAUUGCCAAUAUCGCCAUCAGCAAUGAGCUGUUUGAAGAAGCAUUUGCCAUUUUUCGGAAAUUUGAUGUCAAUACUUCAGCAGUGCAGGUCUUGAUUGAACAUAUUGGAAACUUAGACCGGGCUUAUGAGUUUGCUGAACGCUGCAAUGAACCUGCAGUCUGGAGUCAGCUUGCAAAAGCCCAGUUGCAGAAAGGAAUGGUAAAAGAAGCCAUUGAUUCUUACAUCAAAGCAGAUGAUCCUUCAUCCUACAUGGAAGUUGUUCAGGCUGCCAAUACUAGUGGAAACUGGGAAGAGCUGGUGAAGUACUUGCAGAUGGCCCGUAAGAAGGCUCGUGAGUCCUAUGUGGAGACAGAAUUGAUAUUUGCACUGGCUAAAACAAACCGCCUCGCGGAGUUAGAAGAAUUCAUCAAUGGGCCAAAUAACGCUCAUAUCCAACAAGUUGGUGACCGUUGUUAUGAUGAAAAAAUGUAUGAUGCUGCUAAGUUGUUAUACAAUAAUGUUUCCAAUUUUGGACGCUUGGCAUCUACUCUCGUUCAUCUGGGUGAAUAUCAGGCAGCUGUUGAUGGAGCUAGGAAAGCUAACAGUACUCGAACGUGGAAAGAGGUCUGCUUCGCGUGUGUAGACGGGAAGGAGUUCCGUCUCGCUCAGAUGUGUGGGCUUCACAUUGUAGUACAUGCAGAUGAAUUGGAGGAACUUAUUAACUACUAUCAGGAUCGUGGAUAUUUUGAAGAACUGAUAACCAUGUUGGAAGCAGCACUGGGACUUGAGCGUGCUCAUAUGGGGAUGUUUACCGAAUUAGCUAUUCUGUAUUCUAAAUUUAAGCCACAGAAAAUGAGGGAGCACUUGGAGCUGUUUUGGUCCAGAGUGAAUAUUCCUAAGGUGCUAAGAGCUGCAGAACAAGCUCAUCUUUGGGCAGAAUUGGUAUUUUUGUAUGACAAGUAUGAAGAAUAUGAUAAUGCCAUAAUUACCAUGAUGAAUCAUCCGACCGAUGCAUGGAAAGAAGGGCAGUUCAAAGAUAUCAUUACCAAGGUUGCCAAUGUGGAACUAUACUACAGAGCAAUACAGUUCUACUUAGAAUUCAAGCCGCUGUUGUUAAAUGAUUUGCUGAUGGUGCUGUCUCCACGGUUGGAUCAUACUCGUGCAGUCAAUUAUUUCAGCAAGGUUAAACAGCUGCCACUGGUGAAACCAUAUUUGCGUUCAGUCCAAAACCACAACAACAAAUCUGUGAAUGAAUCACUGAACAACCUCUUUAUUACGGAAGAAGAUUAUCAGGCUCUACGAACCUCAAUAGAUGCUUAUGACAACUUUGACAAUAUCUCGCUUGCUCAGCGUUUGGAAAAACAUGAACUCAUUGAGUUCAGAAGAAUUGCUGCUUAUCUCUUCAAAGGCAACAAUCGCUGGAAACAGAGUGUGGAGCUGUGCAAGAAAGAUAGUCUGUACAAGGAUGCAAUGCAGUAUGCCUCUGAAUCUAAAGAUACUGAGUUGGCUGAAGAACUCCUACAGUGGUUUUUGCAAGAAGAAAAAAGGGAGUGCUUUGGAGCUUGUCUUUUUACCUGUUACGAUCUUCUAAGGCCUGAUGUUGUCCUGGAAACUGCAUGGAGGCACAAUAUCAUGGAUUUUGCCAUGCCCUAUUUCAUCCAGGUCAUGAAGGAAUACUUGACAAAGGUUGAUGCAAUAAAGGAAAAGGUGGAUAAAUUAGACGCUUCAGAAUCACUGAGGAAAGAAGAAGAACAAGCUACAGAGACACAACCUAUUGUUUACGGUCAGCCCCAGUUGAUGCUGACAGCAGGACCCAGUGUUGCAGUCCCUCCCCAGGCACCUUUUGGUUAUGGUUAUACUGCACCACCCUAUGGGCAGCCACAGCCUGGCUUUGGGUACAGCAUGUGAGACGGGAAGCUGAUCCUGUAGUCGCCUAUUUUCAAACCGAAACAUCGUCUCUACCCGCUUCUCAGUUUCUAAUAGGGGAAAACAGGCACAUGUUCUUGUAACCUUUAUUUCAUGAAGGACUACUUUUCGUUUCUAACUGUAAAACUUGGAUCACCUAUGUUAAAAGCUUAUUUCACAUUCCGUAUCAUUUUAGAAUUUAUUUUCAAAGGGGAAUAGUUUCAGUGUUUUAUUCACUUGGGUUUUUUUUCUCCCCCCUCAUUCUUUGAAGAACUGCUUAAUAUUCAAUCUGUUGUGAAGAACCUGAUUUGCACUCUGUAGUGUUAAAGGAAAAAAAAAAACAAAAAAAAACUCUAAUACUGAAUCUCUUAAAUUUAGUGUAUGUAAACAGCUUACAAUAUGUAUUGUCUAAAUGCAUUUAGAUCUCUUUUAUUCAAAGAAAAGCUAAAGCAAAAAUAUUGGUAUGUGACCAUGCAAGACUGUCAAUGCCAACAAAGACAACACUAAUCAGCAUAUCCUCUGUUGGAUUGCAGUGCUCCCAAAUUAUUUGAAAAAUGCAUUGCAGACAAUUUGCCUGACUUUUAAAUGAGCAUAAAAGGCCCUCUAACCUAUGCAGGUUUCCUCAUUACGCAUAUAGAAAAUGCUAGUGUGUUUUUGCUCACUUCAUAUGUAACAGGUGCCCUUUUGUUGUGCUGUAUCCUGUGCUUUUUCUGUGGGACCAUUCCAUUCAGGAACAAAGAGCACCAUGAUUCCAAUCUGUGUGUAUUUACUAACCCUUCCCUGAGGUUUGUGUAUGUUGGAUAUUGUGGUGUUUUAGAUCACUGAGUGUACAGAAGAAAGAAUUCAAAAUAUUGCUGUUCUUCAGUUUUGUUUGUGGAAUUUGAAAUUACUCAAAUUUAAAAUAAAUUACUGAACUGUGGAAAUAA